AUGCCUACACUCUCGAGCUUUACGCUUCCUCUCGACGCAGUACCUCCUGGCUUUGACCCCGGGACAGAGGCUCUCACCGAUGGUUCCAACACCGCGGCGUUCGAUACGGGGCUCGAUAGACGCGACGUAUUCCUGGGAGUCCGGCGCUGCGUAGUCUGCGGAACCACGAUAUCGUUGCAACACGCCCGUAUAAUUCCCAGGAUCGAAGCCGACACUUGGAUGGAGCUCAACGAGCACCAAUGGCUCCCUGAAAAUGCGAAAAGGUCAGUCAAGCAUGAGGCGCGCAACGGCAUCACCCUGUGCGCAACCCACCACGUCAGUUUCGACCGGCAUGAUUUCUUUAUACGCUUUUUCCCCGGCCCCGAUGGCGAUAUGCGGGGCGCUCGCUUCGUCUUCGUCAACUAUGCUGAAAAGAUCGAUUACGAGCCUUUUCACUACAAGGCCAUCGCCCUCGACCCCGCGGACCGGUACUCCCCCAUCCCGGCCCUGUUCAUCAUCCACGAAUCGCGCGUCCGUGGCCGCCACCCGUUCCACAACCCUACCCCAGACUGCCCCGGCGACACCAUCGAGUGGGCAGCCUGGAUCCUGCCAGUGGCGCGUUGCGUACCGACGGUGGACUGGCAGGCCAUUUCCACGGCUACCAGCCCCAUGGCCUCCCCACCCUCGGGCGGUGUGUCCGAGUCCUCAACGAGCCGUCCCCUCCCCCACAUCAACGACGCGCUUGCGGACAUUCUAGCAGCGCAGCGCAAGAUGCCUACGUGGCGCGCGUGCGUGGCCGAGAACACGAGCUGGGAUGGGACGGCCGACGAGAACGUCCAGAAGUAUGUAGCGACUGUAGGCCUCGAAGGCUCCGACGCCCAGUAG